AUGGAAUCAAGAAGACUUCAAAAAGAGUUCGAAGAACUUUUUAAGCUGGGUGCAGACGGCAACAGCAAUGUAAGCGCUCACUUGGUUGGCAACGAUAUGCAUCAUCUCAAAGGAAUAAUCAAGGGACCAGUAAGUUUCUAUUUAGUAGCCAGAUACACCAUAUAGCGGUGGAACUUUUAUUGUUGAUAUCCAGAUUCCUCCUGAUUAUCCUUAUAAACCUCCUAAAAUGAAAUUUGAUACGAAAAUCUGGCAUCCUAACAUUUCAUCUCAAACAGGAGCAAUUUGUCUUGACAUUCUCAAAGAUGAGUGAAGUCCUGCUUUGACAAUAAGAACUGCUCUAUUAAGCUUACAAGCAUUAUUAUGUGCUCCUGAGCCUGACGAUCCUCAAGAUGCAGUUGUUGCAAGUCAAUAUAAAAACCACCAUGCAGAAUAUGAAAGAACUGCGAGACAAUGGACACAAGAGUAUGCGAAAGAUAUUGAGCAAGUUCAUCGCGAACAAAUUCAAAGAUUGUGCGAGAUGGGAUUUGAUGAAGUAACUGUAAGAACAGCACUCGAAAAUGCUGGUUGGGAUGAAAACGCAGUUAUCAAUUCGCUUUUAGGAUAA